AACCCAUAAACCCAUUCAUCUCUGUCGCCUCAGUACCAGUUUCCAACCGGCAGCAGCCAUGGCGUCCGUCGCAUCGGAGAAGAAGAAGCAAAAGAAGAGAAAUAAGCAUAGUCUAUCCGAGUUGAAAACCAUGGGACAGCAGCUGCUGACCUCUAGAGCUCACGUCAAUAACCUCCCCCUUCUCCUAACCUUCAUCAACCCCAACUCCCCGCCACAAUACGCCCUCGAAUCUCUCCUUUCUCUCCAAUCCUUCUUUACUCCUCUCAUCCCCAAGCUCCCUUCUUCCUCGUCCAGGCAUCCCGAUUCCGACCCCAACCCCGACCCUGAAUUCAUUUACCUCACGUGGCUUCGCUCCAAGUUCGACGAGCUCACGCACUCCCUCAUUGAUCUCGUCGUCUCCUCCCAAUCCGACGGUGCUCUUCGGGAAGUUGUGCUUGAUUCAAUAAUGGAAUUUGUGAAAGUCGGCAAUGCGGGAAAGUUCAAUACUGCUAUUUAUCACAAGCUUCUCCGUGCUAUUGUUCGGUCUGAACUGGGUGUUGAUGACAUUGUACUGGAUAUGCUAUCAGAGAAGUAUUUCAAUUACGUUGAUGUUAGGCUCUAUACUUGCAGUUCCUUUGAAAAGCUGGCUCGGACUUUGGAGAAAGAAGAAAACAAAGAAGCAAGCCAAGAUGCGAAUGAUUUGCUUUCAAGACCAAGCAUCGAGCUUUCCAUUCAAAAGAUGUAUAAGUUAUUAGCCUGCAUCCAACCGUUGGAAGCUGUACAGGAGAAGUUAGAGAUGUGGAACGAUUCAGCAGGAACUUUACUUGGGAAAAACAAUGACAAGGUUUUAUCUUCCAAAAAUGUUGCAAAGAAAAUGAAACUGAAGUUUACUAAAGCAUGGAUUUCAUUCCUCAGUUUGCCUCUUCCUCUUGAUGUUUACAAAGAGGUUCUUGUAACACUUCACCAAUCUGUCAUUUCUCACCUCUCAAACCCAAUCAUGCUAUGUGAUUUCUUGACACGAUCCUAUGACAUAGGUGGUGUUGUGAGUGUCAUGGCUCUCAGCAGCCUGUUUAUACUGAUGACACAGCAUGGCCUUGAGUACCCCAACUUCUAUAAUAAACUUUAUGCUCUGUUGGAGCCCUCAGUGUUUAUGGCAAAACAUAGAUCAAAAUUUUUCCAGCUGUUGGACUCGUGCUUGAAAUCAUCACUGCUUCCAGCAUAUCUUGCUGCUGCUUUCUGCAAGAAAUUGAGUAGACUAGCACUGUUUGCUCCUCCUUCAGGAGCACUUGUCAUCAUUGCUUUGGUUCACAACCUUCUACAAAGGCAUCCUUCAAUUAAUUUUCUGGUGCACAGGGAAAUGGGUCUGGAUACUGCAAUAGAUACUUCCGAAGAUAAAAACAGUACUGAUGGCGCGAACAAAGAUUUGUUUGAAGAGAAACCAGGAAUUGAUCACUUCAAAAAUGAAGAAAAUGAUCCCAAAAAUACCAAUGCUAUCAGAAGCUCUCUCUGGGAGAUUGACACUCUUCGACAUCAUUACAGCCCUCCGGUCUCAAGAUUCGCUUUGUCUGUGUUGAAUGAUUUGGCUGUAAGAAGCAGAAUUCCUGAAAUUGCAGUAAGCGAUUUUAGUUCGGGAUCAUAUGCAACCAUAUUUGGUGAUGAGAUUAGGCGAAGGGUCAAACAGGUGCCGUUGGCAUUCUACAAAACGACUCCUGCAUGUCUGUUUUCGGAGUUGGAUUUUCCUGGUUGGACAUUCAAAGACGAUCACCAAGAUACAUCUGCAAAACGGAAACGUGUCGAUUCAGUAUAGAAUGUUAUUUUUAGUUUUUUAUUUCUGAGCAAGAAAUUUUGAUCCCUUUGUUUAAUGAUUGAACCUCAUAGUCGAAAGUGCUAUACCAACAGGAUUAGGACCAUGUGAUGAAGCAACGUAGUCUUUGUACGAGAUGUAAAGAUUUCUAAUCUCCAAUGUAGUAUCUGUACAAGAUGUAAGAAUUUCAAAUCUCCAGCUCUGUAGACCCUUUGAAAUGGACAUCCAUUAUUUUGCUUCAAGAGAGUUUAUGAGAGCAUGUGCAGUUCAGCCAGACAUGUGGGUGCGAUGUGGCACACAAAAGCACUUAACAUUAAUUGAAUGUAUUAUCUUUGUUUUA